AUGCCAUGCUCUCUUACUGUACUCGACUUCUACUGCCACUGCCACUGCUACUGUUACUACUACUACUACCACUACUACUACUACCUACACUACUACUACUACCCAGCCUCGAAAAAUGAUCUCUCUAUAACACAGGAGGAUACCGCUGCUUCCGAAAAGCCCCAAAAUGGGUUUGACUUAUCUUUUAGACCCAGGUCGUUGAGUGGAUUAGUGACUGAGUGGUAUGGACAUUCCGAAGUCGCUUUCAAGUCUUAUCAUGUUCGACAAAGGGGGGAGGAUGAUGGAUUAAAUUGA